AUGAGCGACGAUGAAGACGACGACUAUAACCGCCGAGACUCCAACCCGCAACCGGUGCCUACGCCUCCGAGGGGUGGCUACGAUAGUCGGGUGCAGCAGAUCCUAUAUGAGAAUCCCGAUCUGGAGAUCGUUAUAACAGACGCAGGCAAAAGCUCGGAUGGCGGGUAUAUUGUGUACAAGAUCCGGACUGGUGAUAUCGAGGUUGCCAGACGGUACUCUGAAUUCAGCUCCCUUCGAGCCGCCCUCGUCAACCUCCACCCGACGCUAGUCAUCCCGCCCAUACCGGAGAAGCAUACCAUGGCCGACUAUGCCGCGAAACCUACCAAGGCCAAGGAAGACGUUAGCAUCAUUGACCUGCGGAAACGCAUGCUAGGAGUGUUCUUGAACCGCUGCCGAAGAAUGAAAGAAGUCGUCGAGGAUGGAGUCUGGUGGAGGUUCUUGGAUCCUAACUCCAGUUGGAACGAAGUCUUACACGCUCACCCCAUCUCUUCGAUACCGAAAAACAACCUGAAAGCACCUCCUCUGAACCCGGCCAAUCCCACUCCCGCUCACAACUGGCUGCCGGUACCCUCUUCCUCCGCUAAGCUGAAGUCCACUGGGCCGACCUCCAGCAGUGGCACUCCGAUAUCUCCGCCCGACCAGACCUAUCCCUCGGCUGCAUCUCAUACCACUCCUGGCCCGCAAAUAUUUGGCCGCUUUCCCAUCGCUACCGACAAGCUGAGUGAGACGGACCUGGACCCCUACUUUAUCAAUUUUGAGGCUUCAACGCGAGAGCUGGAACUGUUGCUACAAGGAAGUAUCGAGAAAGUUAAUCGUCGCACACUUGAACAUUUGACCAAGCUUUCUGCGGACCUCGCAGAGUUAGGUGCUCGGUAUAAUGGGUUCUCCCUGUCCGAACAGUCGCCAACGGUCGCCGCUGCCAUUGAGAGGAUAGGACAGGCUGUUGACAGCACAUACAUUUCGACAGAGGAACUAGCCUUGAGUCUAGGGGCCAACUUUGCCGAGCCUAUGCGGGAAAGUGCACAAUUCGCCGGGGUUGUUCGAAAUGUUCUGCGAUACAGAGUGCUCAAGCGAGUGCAGCAGGACAUGACAAGGGAUGACCUGGAGAAGAAGCGCAAUCUUUUGGAAAGUCUGGAGCGUAGUGAAGCCGAAGCAAAACGAAUUGAUGCAUAUUUAUCGGGAAGCACAGCGCUUCCAAGUCCUCCGCGUCGAUCGGCUUCCAAUGCUUCGGCUCGGAGUGUACCAGAAAGGCAGGGAGGGGCGGGGAGGGAGGGACAUGAUGAGACUGAAUCCGUUGAUUCUGACUUUCCACCGACACACGGAGAGACUCCUUCGUCGCCUCCGUCGGCGGCACAGGGGCAACCGAAUCAACAGGCUGGCCCAGCUUCGCCAAUUUCGCACAAGAAAUCUCCUAGUGGCAAUUUCGUGGCAAACAAAAUAUUCGGCAGUUUCAGGCACGCCGUCAAUGGAUUCGUUGACGUCGAUCCAGAAAGGACGCGGCGUGAUCAGAUCGGAAAGACCAGGGAGAGCUUGACGCAGCUGGAGCAGGCCCUCGAAGUGUCGGAGAAGGACGUCAAAGACGCGACGCAAGGCGUCCUACGAGAUCUGAAGCGGUUUCAAAAAGAAAAAGAAGAUGACCUUCAGAGAUAUAUGAUUGCCUAUGCGAGAUGCCAUAUCGAAUGGGCACGCAAGAACUUGGAGACUUGGUCGGAGGCGAGGGAUGAAGUGGACAAGAUUGUUGCGCGGUAG